GCUAACUACCUCGUGGUUUUGGUACCUAUGUAACCAGCGUGGGUAACAUAUACACCAGAUGACAAUAUUCGCCAUUUAUCCGCUCUGUUGGAAACACGCAUUUUGUUCGGACGCAUAUACAUACAAUAAAAUUGAUAGAUACUUAUAAAUGAGUAAGUAAACUCGUGCGCAUGCCAGUCUGUGAUUGGCAACGAUAGUUUGCAUGUGUGAUUGUUUUUUAUACAUUUAUAAAAUGUGGGUUAGUGGAGUGCGUUACAGUAAUUAGUGCCUGAUAAUUUUUAAGUAUAGUUUUAAUAUACUGAUAAUAAGAAGUGAUAUUAACGUGUUCAAUAAAUAUUUAUUGCAUUUAAUUAAAAAAAAUGGAGGAUCGCGAAGCGCCUGCUCAGGCGCACAAUUUGCUCGGACAAAAAACAGCACCACAAUCAAGGAGAGUCGAUAAUGCACUGACUAGAACUUUAAGAUCAUGUUGUGUCAUUCCACAGCGGUAUGUAUUAGGUGUUAUGGGUUUGCUUGGAGUCUGUAAUGCGUAUACAAUGCGAGUAUGUCUUAAUUUAGCUAUUACUCAGAUGGUACGAUUGAAUAAAACUUCAAAAGCCCAUGUUGAUGAAAAUGCUUGCCCUAGUGAUGAUGUUAUUAAUAAUGUUACGACAAUAGUUGCUGAAAAACCGUACGCAAUUUUCGAUUGGGAUCAGUCAACUCAGGGUCUUAUAUUAAGUGGUUUUUACUAUGGAUAUGCAGCCACUCAAGUGCCCGGUGGUUACUUAGCCGAGAAAUUUGGAGGUAAAUGGACCUUGGGAGUAGGAUUAUUGAGUACGGCGUUAUUCACUUUCCUCACUCCCAUAGUGAUUAGGGUAGGCGGAGCCACGUGGCUGUUCAUACUUCGAGUUUUACAAGGAAUGGGGGAGGGUCCAACAAUGCCUGCUCUUAUGAUAAUGUUGGCGCGAUGGGUACCUCCACACGAAAGAUCAUUCCAGGGAGCUCUUGUAUUUGGUGGCGCUCAAAUUGGGAACAUUUUCGGUUCCUUCAUGUCUGGCAUUCUGCUAGCGGACGGAAGAGAUUGGGCCUAUGUGUUCUAUUUCUUUGGUGGAUUUGGAAUAUUAUGGUUUAUACUGUGGAGUCUUCUGUGCUACAGUACGCCAAACACUCAUCCGUACAUCUCGAAGAAAGAGUUGACUUACCUGAACAAUAAUGUCACAACUGCCGAGAACCAGAGUGCGAAGGAUCCGGUGCCCUGGAAGAGUAUAUUACGAUCAGCACCGGUGUGGGCGCUCGUGUGUGCUGCUGUCGGUCAUGAUUGGGGCUACUACACAAUGGUGACGGAUCUUCCAAAGUACUCCCACGAUGUGCUCAAGUACAACAUUGCGACCACUGGUACACUGACGGCUCUGCCAUAUAUUGCUAUGUGGGUUUGUUCAUUCCUGUUCGGCUUGGUAUGUGACGUCUGCAUCAAGAAAGGAUGGCAUACAAUCAAGACUGGUAGAAUUAUUCACACUACAAUAGCCGCUACGGGUCCAGCGAUUUGCAUUAUCCUAGCAUCGUACGCGGGAUGUGAUCGCACUGCUGCUAUGGUGUACUUCGUGCUAUCCAUGGCACUUAUGGGAGGAUUCUAUAGCGGUAUGAAAGUAAACGCAUUGGAUUUGGCUCCUAACUACGCGGGCACAUUAACUUCCCUCGUUAACACCACUUCUACGUUUGCUGGCAUAGUGACACCUUAUCUUAUAGGGUUAAUGACACCUAAUUCAACCCUAGUAGAAUGGCGUGGUGCUUUCUGGGUUUGUUUCGCUGUACUAGUGGGCACCAAUGUGGUAUACUGCAUCUGGGCAGAUGGCAAGCAACAGUGGUGGGAUGACGUCAGACAGUUCGGAUACCCGCCUGGUUGGAAGCAUGGACCUCUUAUCAAGGAAAAUAUUCCGAAGCAACCAGAAUCCAUUAGGUUGGCUGAUCCGAAGGAGGUUUACUAGUUUUUGUAUAUACUCAUAAAACAUUUAUAUUAUUGUAAUGGUAAUUAUUUCAAAUUAUCAUUAAUUUUAUAAAUAAUAAUAGAAAAAAUAAUAAUAAUGUGUUCACGUAAGAAUCUAUUUCUCGUGCAUAUAAUGCUAUUAUAAGUUUAAAUGUGUUUAAAUGAAAUUUAAUACAAUUAAUGUAUGUAUUUUAUUAUAAAUGUAAAAGUACAAAGUUUGAAACAAAUAUUUUGAUGACAUUUUUAGAUUAUAUUGAAAAAUAAUAAUAAUACAAUAAUACAAAUAUUGUAACAGAUCUUAAAAUAAGUAUUCUAUUGUAAAUUUUAAGAAUGCCAACAAUUUAAAGUACAUUUACAUUUUUAAAUUCUAUUAAUUUAUAACCUUUUUUAUUAUAAAAGUCUUAGUCAUGUUUUUAUAAUAAAUUAGAUUUUUGUCUGCUAUUUCGAAUGCGUAAAUUUCAAAAGUAGGAGAACCAGUGAAAUAAUCCACAUUUAUAUUACGUAUCAAGAUAGUACAUACACCAGUUUUAAUAUAGACCUUCAGAAAUACAACUGUGAAAACCGCAUUCAAUUUGGCACAAUACUUUUUGCAUGAUGUGGGAACAAACAUACAGACAGACAGACAAAUAAAAUUUCUAAAAAAUAUGGUCAUAGCUUCUAUUGCUCCUAUUGAAACCCCUCAGAUAUUUUUUUCUUAAUUAUUUUCCACGUACAAGCAUUAACCAGUUAUAAAUUUAUUAGUAAGAAGUAAGAUUGGAGAUAAUUACAUGAGUAAUAGCUUAUAUUCAAAUAUGAAAAUGAUCUUUGAAAUGAAUGAUUACGAAACGAAAGGAUUAUGUUAUUUAUUAUAUCCUUUUCGUUCUUAGAAUUUAAAUAUAAUUAGAUAGCGAAUAUAGUAAUAAGUUAUAUUGACAUUUAUAUUUACUUAUGUUUUAUAUUAAAUAUUAUUUUAGUUACAUAUUUACAAAAUAAUAAAAAUGUACCUGUCGGCUACCCAAACUGACCUUUUUACUUUUAUAUAAUGACAAUGUUAGGCUCUUAUCAUCGGAAACCCUACCGGUACUUAUGAGUACUACAUAAUUUAUGACCGGAAUGGAUAUAGAUUACAAUAAUACUGGCAUUCUCUUUCUAUGGGUACAGACAUCUUUGAGCUAAGGUGCUAAUGAAUGUGCAAUAUUAUAGAAAGAGAGAGAGGGUAUCGAGUUAUACCUAUCUACUUUAAUAAAAGACAUAUCAGUUGUUAAGUUAUUUAAAAAGAUUUUUAAUUUUUUUUUUAAUUUUGGCAGUUGCCAUUAUAUUCAAUAUGUAUAAAUAAGGAGCUCACAUUUGAGACUAUUUGUUUAUCUAAACAGGUUAAAAUUGAAUAAAUAAUAUUGGUAAAACUAAGUAGAUAUUUGUUAUUAUUUACAACCAUUUAUAUGAUACUUAUUGUUCGAUAAAUAAUCAAUUCAAUCCAUAAGUAUGCAACUUAUAUAUAUAAAAAUUGUAUAAAUACCAUAGCAAAGAAUAAAAUAAAAUUCUUCUGAAAUAUAA